UCGUCCCCUCCCUCGUCGCCACUCGACUCGCCUCCUCCUCUCUCUCCACUUGUCUCUGUCCUCCACCUCCGACUCCUCGCCCCGCUCGCUUUCCACUCCGUCCUCGAGAAGCUCUCGCCUCCCUCCGCUACCGCCGCCGCCGCCGCCUCGGCGCCUCCGCCCCGCGCGCGUCCCGUCGUCGCUCCCAGAUUCCAAUUAGCUUCUGGGUUUGCUCUCGAGCGUCACCACGCUUUGCCGUCUCGUGGGAAGCUGCAUCAUUAGCUGGUUUGCAGAGUGAUCUUGUUGAGUUUCUAUAUCAACAGCACUGCAACUUCUUGCAGUAUAGAAAGGCUAUUGCUGUUUUCCACUUAUUGAAUUGCAGACGUGGAAAAUCUCGCACAGUGAAAGCAGAGUCAGUUGCUUCUGAUGUUACUUGUGGAUUUGAUAAAUAAAUAGACUCUCUUCAAGGGUGCGAACAAAUGGAUCGUCAUGAUACGUCUGGGUUUGUUAGUGGAGGAUGCAAGGUGACAAAGGGACUGCUAACAAGCAUAGACUUCUAACACAUUAUAUUUCAUUGCAUUAUGUAACCUAGAAGUGACGCCGAGUCGCUGACUGUACCAUAAAGAUCAGUAGGAUUUGAUGGUAUUCUCAGCCACCAGGAGUAAUUGAUCAUAUGUUUGAACAUUCAGGACAUACUGCAAAAUCUUUGAGUUCAAACAGCCUUGGAAACUGGACCACUCAUAGACCAAUAGUCAUGGAACAAAGAGCUUGUCCUACACAACUUGAUGUGCUUUCCCAAGAUAGCACAGAUUUUGUAUCAAGAGGGAUCAAGCGUAAGCGUGUUGACUUGUCACUUGGCUUAGGUAACUCCUCAAGCUCCUCUGACUCUAGCAAGCAGAGCAUGGGCACAUGCUGCACCCUGUCUUCUACUGCAAAGGAUAAGGAUGAUGGAUCAUCUAUUGACUUGGACCUAAAUUUUCAGUUUAGUCUGUGUAGUGAAGGCACGUCCAAAUUGGGCACAAAUGCUUGUAAUGCUAAGACUUCAGAGAAGCAGCCUCCUACGGAUCUUAAGUUAUCUUUGACUGUCGGACCUGCUGAAUCUAUUGUUACUGAUGUGGACCUUAAUGUGGCCUCCCAAGAUCACACAGUAAUGCUGCAAUCAUGCAAUAUGGCCUCAGUAUCAACUGUUGAUGAAGGAUCAACAUCAGCACGCUGGAAAUCUGGCGGUAUGCUACAUCCUUACCUGUUACCUGUUGGCUCCAAUCAAUCGCACUGUCCUUUACCAAUGCCACCGGCAAUACAACUGGCAAAAAUUCCAGUAGCCUGUUCUUCUGGAGUUAUCAGCCCACAACAGCGCUGUAGUAGCACAAAAGUUUGUUCACAACCAGGAUGCUCUAAAGGUGCCCGCGGUUCAUCUAGGCGCUGCAUUGCACAUGGUGGCGGCAGAAGGUGCCAGAGAGAGGGUUGCAAGAGAGGGGCGGAGGGAAAAACCAUCUUCUGUAAAGCUCAUGGAGGGGGUAGGCGCUGUGAGCAUCUUGGAUGCACAAAGAGCGCCGAGGGUCGCACUGAUUUUUGUAUAGCUCAUGGGGGUGGCCGCCGAUGUAGCAAAGAAGGGUGCAAAAAGGCAGCAAGAGGAAAAUCUGGUCUUUGUAUUAAGCAUGGAGGGGGCAAGAGAUGCCAAAAAGAAAACUGUACAAAGAGUGCGGAGGGACAGUCUGGCUUUUGCAUUGCUCAUGGAGGUGGGAGGCGCUGCAAGCAUGAAGGUUGCACAAAAGGUGCUCAGGGCAGCACUAAUUUCUGCAAAUCCCAUGGAGGUGGUAAGAGAUGCACACAUCCAAAUUGCAGCAAGGGUGCCGAGGGCAGCACACUCUUCUGCAAGGGCCACGGAGGAGGGAAACGCUGUGCAGCUGAAGGCUGCCCAAAGAGUGUCCAUGGUGGCACUGAAUUCUGUGUUGCCCAUGGAGGUGGAAAGCGAUGUGUGGUACCAGGAUGCACCAAGAGUGCUAGAGGACGAACAGACUGCUGUGUUCGUCAUGGUGGGGGCAAAAGAUGCCAAUUUGCUGGCUGCAGUAAGAGUGCACAGGGGAGCACUGACUUUUGCAAGGCUCAUGGUGGAGGCAAGCGUUGCUUAUGGGGCCAACCAGGAUCUGACCUUGCCACCAGCAGUGCUCCUUGCGAGCGAUUUUCAAGGGGAAAGAAUGGACUGUGUGUCGCACACAAUGCUCUGGUGGAAGACAGCCGAGUCCGUGGUGGGGAGACACUUGGUGCUAUGGGCUUACCAGGACCUGUUGCGAACAACAUGGUUAAUCAUGGUUCCAUUUACAGAACUGCGGAUGGUGAGUCAUUCAACCCUUUUAAACUCAGUGAAAGGUCCAACAAUGUUCUGCAUCCUGCAGGGACUCUUCAUCACGGACCAAUAUCUGCUCCCGAGGGGAGGGUGCGUGGUGGUAAUAUUGUUGCUAUGCUAUCUACUGGUAUGAAUCUUGGAAAGCAAUUAAGCUACAAUGUGGAGGCAAGCACCUCGGGGGGAAAUUGGCUGUAGCAUUGAAAAACACCAGCCUGUCCAAUUGGCUUUGCUUCAUGUCAACUGGAAGUAACCUUUUGGUCUUGCCCUAUUGUGUAUCUGGGAGCCAUGCCUGCUGAUAACAUAGCAUUUAUGCUUCAUACGGGAUUUCCGUGUUUUGUUGUAGCUGUAGCUACCUUUGUGUCAUAAAUAAAAAGGGGGAAAGUACUGUAAUCUAUACUAGCACCCAAGUGUGAAACUAGAACUGUUGGUUUGAGAUGUAACAAAUAAUCUUCUGAACCUGUGUGUUUCUUGUUCUGAGUACAAUAUUAGGAUUGAGCUAAGCUCCUGCAGUGCAUGUGUGGAACUGUUUGAACUCUACUCUAGAAUAUGUUAUACCUAUUUA